GGCGAGAUGAUUGCCUUUGCCCUCCCAACUACCAGGCGUUACUGCACUCUGUUAAAUCCUCUCUUUCUCUCCAUAAUAAAUAAAUUCAGAGCUAAGAGCCGUCGUUGUACGUAAUGGAGCGAGCCAAAUCAAUGGCGGAAGAGGAGAAAACAGAGCCAUUGUUGAAGCAGAGCCAGCGAAAAGAUGAUGAUGAGAGCUGCCCCGGUUGCCGGGUCGAGCUUCUCAAACGCGCUGACGCCGGCGUUCCGGUCAAGCACGUCUUCUUCAUCUCCAUCGUCACCCUCUGCGCCGGUCCGUUAAUCACGUCUACCCCUAUACCUGACUUCUCUCUUUUUUUGUUGUCACUUCAACAAAAUGCACGUGAUAUUUUGGGUAUAUAAGUCAAAUAAGCAGGACAUUGACUCUCUUUGUUAAUUUUGUUUUUGGGCUUAUAAAGGAGUGUUUGGGUUUGCUUAAAAAAAGCACUUUUCAGCUUUUGACUUAAAAAAAGUUGAAAAGAAUGUUUUCAAGUGACAGCUUCUGCUUAAAUUAAUCACUUAAAAGCUAAAAGCUGGAAGCAGGUAGAAGGGUGUUUUAAACUGCUUCUCACUUUUUCUAUUACACAAAAAGUACUUAUUUUACCAAACACUACCAACUUUUACUUUUCCAGAAUCACUUUUUCUCAAACACUACCAACUUUUACUAUUAAUCACUUUUCUCAAAAUCACUUUAAAAAAUCACUUUUUUAAAGUUGAAGCAAUUGCAAACACUCCCUAAGUCUUUUAUCACCUUUACGUUAAACACGGAAUUUUUAAUUUUGUACGCUGAAUUGUGUAAUAAUAAAAAUAAAUAAGGUCGAAGUUAUUUUUCUGAAAUGCAUUGACCAAAGUUAUUGUAAAUGAUAAUUUUAAUUAUUUUUUCAUAUACUACAUGUAUUUUUCUUUAUUUUAUUAAUGAAACAUAUUUUGAUUACAAUUUUUUUAAUAAAGCAGCCGAGUAAGUCUAGCCAAUAAUUCACAAAUUUUGUUGGAAUCAACUAAUUUAGUCAACUUUGUACUUGUAUCCUAAAACUAAAAUCAUACUCUGUACUAGGUAAAAAUUGCUUUUUUGUACAGGGUGACUUCUAUAUGCCCGUGUUACUAGACAAACCCUACCAUGAAAAACGUACAGACGUGUACACAAAGAAUGUAUGUGAAACAAAAUUGAAUAAUAAAUUACUAGAACAGACUUACAGACAUGUUCUUUGGGUAAUUCUUUUUAGUACUUUUGUGCUUCAGUAAUUUUAUGAUUGUUAUCUAAUUUUGAGUAUUUUGAUAUUGUUCGAGAGUUAUAACUAUAUCACCAGUCCUAACAAUUUUUAAAAAUGCUAUGAUAAGUACAUAUUUGUCCACACGCUCCUUACAUUUUGUUUGUAGAGGUUUCCCUAAAAUGUUAUGUAGUACUGCUUAAAAAUCUGUGGGAAAAAAUGUGGCUAUAUGUUAUGUAAGUUUGUAUACAUUAUGAUCUAACAUCUUAAUAUAAUUAUAGUCACUAAAGUUACUAGAGUCAUAUUUGUGUUCACUACUUUUAUACGAAGUACGUAGUAAUAUUUAUAUAUUUAGAAUUACUCUUCUUAUCUGUAAUAUUACUCUUCUUAUCUGUAAAGUAUUAUGGAGACAAUUUGUGUGUUAUUAUAUACUCCGUACGUAGUACAAGGAUGUUUUUACUUGGACUGUAAUUUGUUGGUCUGAUCUGGUCUGAUUUGGUCUGAUCUGGUUUCUUUGUAUUUUUAUAACUACCCAAGUCUGGUCCGGUCUGAUCUGAUUUAUUCUGGUCUGAGACAAAUUACCGUCCAAAUAAAAAUAUCCUAAUUAUAUACCGAAUCAUGGUUUAACAAUUCGAAUAAGCCAAACAUCUAGUACUAUUUGGAAGGGUUGGUUAUGGUGAUUGGUGGCCCUUUGAGUUGAAAGUGAAAAAUAACUAAAUGAUAAUUUCAACUUAUUAGAAAAAGUAAUAAAGGCGUAAUAAUGAGAAAGAGUAAUAAAAGUAUUUCAAUAGGAGCUAAUGUACGUCGUAUAAUAUGGAGUAGGAGUUGCCAAAUAAGCCCCCUCUAUUAAUACGAAAAAUUCAAUUAAGUCCCCGAACUAAAAAAAAUCAAUUAAACCCACAAACUAUAAAAAAUGAGGCAAAAAAAACCUUUUAGCAUGUAAUUAACCGGUUCCAUUAGUCCACGUGUCGCACACGUGUUGCCAUUUGUGGCUACCUGUCGGCUGUCGACACGUGUAAAGGUUUACCGGGAACCGGUUAAUUACAUGCUAAAAGGACUGUUUUGCCUCGUUUUUUAUAGUUCGUGAGUUUAAUUGAGUGUUUUUUAGUUCGGAGGCUUAGUUGACUUUUUUCGUAUUAACAGGGAGCCUAUUUUAAGCUUUUCCCAAAUUUUCCUAAAUAGAUACGGAGUACGAGUAUUAUUUAAGAAAUACGGAGUAAAAGAAGAAAUAAAAGAAGAAGGCUGGAGGACGUAUGCGGAAGUGCGGAACCGAAGGGGAAGAAGAAGCGCCAGCACGCAGUCACUAAGCCAGGCUCUAACACGUCUCACGCCCGGUCACCUGCACUCCGCCACCUCCUUCGGCGAUUCCACCGAUCGGCCCUUCUCAAUUUUCACCUUCCGUUGUUCCGCCGCGCAGGAGAUCUCUUGGAGGUGACAGAAUCCAUAUCAAGGAACUUGCUCGCGAAGGACAUUUUUGUGCUUCUGCCCAGAUUAUAUUUGGCUGCUGCGUUCUGAAUACUGUGUGAUUUUGAUUGGGUCGAGAGGACUGAUUAGCCAUGGGAGAAAGAAAGGUUUUGAACAAGUACUACCCGCCGGAUUUCGAUCCGGCGAAGAUUCCACGCCGUAGGCAGCCGAAGAAUCAGCAGAUGAAGGCCCGGAUGAUGCUCCCAAUGAGCGUUAGGUGUAGUACUUGUGGGAAUUACAUCUACAAGGGCACCAAAUUCAACUCACCCAAAGAAGACGCCCUGGGUGAGACCUAUUUGGGUAUUCAAAUAUUCAGGUUCUACUUCAAGUGCACUAAGUGCUCUGCAGAGAUUGCAUACAAGACAGAUCCAAAAAAUUCCGAUUAUGUUGUUGAGUCAGGUGCAACCAGGAACUCUGAGCCUUGGCUAGACCAAGACGAGGUUUUGGAUAAAGAGAGACAGAAAAGGGAGGCCGAAGAAAUGGGCGAUGCUAUGAAAUCUUUGGAAAAUAGGACCCUGGAUUCAAAAAGAGAAAUGGAUAUUCUCGCAGCUUUGGAUGAAAUGAAAUCCAUGAAGUCCAGGCAUGCAACUGUGAGUGUGGAUACUAUGCUUGAGGCUCUAAGAGACUCUACCGAGGAAAAGGAAAGAAAAACGGAGGAAGAAGAGGAAGCUCUUAUUAAAUACUUAUUCAAAGGAGAGAGAGAGAGAAGUUCAUAAGACGAAUCCAUGAUGAAGAUAUUGAAGAUGAGGAUGAAGAUGAUGAGGAUAUAGAUGCAGUUGAACAUAAAAGUGGAGAAUCAUCAAUCAAUUUUCUUAAGAGAGAGCAGCCUGAAGAAAUAAGCAGUAAUCUCACAAAUGUCUUUGCAAAAUCAUCAACAGUUAAAGUACCUGUUGUGAAGAAGCAGCAGCCUAGUGAACCAACAAGCCUGAAAAGCAAUGUAUUAGUAUCAUUGUGUAAAGAAUAUGAAAGUGAUGAGGAUGAAUAGUUGGUCCUCUGCAUUUCUUUCUCAAAACAGAACCAGGAAUACCGGGUUAUGAAUAGACAUAAAUUCGGUUCAUCCCUACACUGCUAUGUACUUUUGCCAUAAAUUAUUUUUCUUUGGCAAACAAGAAACAUAAUGUAAUCCCUUUGUUUAAAUUCUAAAUUGUGUACUCUAAAUGUGAAUUAGAAUUAUAAAUUUAACUAUGUCAAUUGUAUCAUUAAAAAAUUGCAAAAUAUUCCUAAAUAGAUAUUGGUCAUAUUCCUAAACAGACAUUAGGCUAUUAAUAAGUUCAAUCUUGCUUAAUUUGAUUAUUAUCUAAUUCAACGUGUGAAAUCAAAUAUUGUUAAAAAAUAAUGGUUACCAAAGGGUCUCUCUCAAAUUUCAAAACACAAAAUACAUCCUACCGGUCUAUAUGCACUACAACUAGAACUUGUGUAGACAGCAAUAAAAAUUGCAAUGCCAUUGUAAUCUUAGUGAACAAGAUGUGACUAUAUUACUGAAUAUAAUAAUUGGACUCAAAUGCCAUUUUAAAUCCUUGAUCAUACAUUUUUUCUCACUGCACCAUAAAUUAACACUAACUCUGAGUUCAACAGUGGAUGGAGUAAUGGUAUAAGGUUUUAUUUUUAUAAUUAGCACUUGUUGUUAGAGCCUAUUUUAUUGUAACUUCUAUAUGUCCAGUCUCACGUUAGUACAUACUUUUGGUUUUUUUUGCAGCUCUGCCAAUAUCAUCUCUCUUUCCUUUCCUAUAUUUCAUGGUUAGAGAUUUUAACAUUGCAGAAAGAGAGGAAGAUAUUAGUUAUUAUGCUGGAUAUGUCGGCUCAUCAUUCAUGCUGGGAAGAGCUUUGACAUCUGUUCUUUGGGGUAUCAUUGCGGAUCGAUAUGGCAGAAGGCCUGUCGUUAUGAUUGGCACACUUACAGUGGUUGUAUUCAAUACCCUUUUUGGCCUAAGUUUAAACUAUUGGAUGGCAAUUGUUACAAGAUUUCUUCUUGGAAGUUUGUGUGGAAUAAUUGGUACCAUGAGGGCAUAUGCUUCUGAGAUUUGCCGGAAAGAGUAUCAUGCUUUGGGCAUAUCUGCUGUGAGCACAUCUUGGGGUAUAGGUUUGGUGAUUGGUCCUGCUAUAGGAGGUUAUUUUGCACAGCCUGCAGAGAAGUAUCCAAACAUAUUUUCAGAAGAGUCAUUUUUUGGGAAAUUCCCUUACUUCCUGCCUUGCCUUAUGAUAUCAGUGAUUGCAUUGAUUGCGUCAGUCGUUUCCCUGUGGCUUCCGGAAACGAUGCACACUCAUACGAAAGGAAACAAACAGGGAGAUGUUUCCAAGUAUCCUAAACAAGAGGCUCCAAGUUCAAAGAAAAGCCUUAUGAAGAAUUGGCCCUUAAUAUCAUCUAUUCUUGUCUAUUGUGUUUUCCAACUUCAUGAUAUAGCUUAUUUGGAGAUCUUUUCUCUGUGGGCUGUUAGUCCAAGAAAGAUUGGGGGGUUGAGCUUUACAACUUCAGAUGUUGGUCAAGUCUUGGCUAUUACAGGCAUGGGACUUUUACUCUUUCAGCUUUUCAUUUAUCCGUUGGUGGAGAAGCCGCUUGGGCCUGUCAUGAUAUCACGUGUUGGAGCAGCUCUAAGCAUACCAUUGCUAUCAAGUUAUCCUUACGUAGCUAUGCUAUCGGGUUUGGGGCUCUCCCUAGUCCUUAAUUGUGUGUCAAUGCUUAAGAAUGUCCUCUCUGUAUCGAUCACUACGGGGCUAUUAAUACUUCAGAACCGGGCAGUGUGUCAGGAGCAGAGGGGAGCUGCCAAUGGGAUUUCAAUGUCUGCAAUGUCACUUUUUAAAACAAUUGGUCCUGCAGCUGGUGGUUCUCUGUUAUCAUGGUCACAAAGGCGACAAGAUGCCAAAUUUAUGCCAGGGGAUCAACUGGUUUUCUUCGUCCUAAAUGUGAUUGAGUUGCUGGGGCUGGUUAUGACCUUGCGGCCGUUUCUCCGUCUACCAGAAGAAACUUCCGAUUUAAAACACGAUGAGGUGGGCCAAGAUAAUGAUGCACAAGAAAUAAUUCCAUUGCCUGAACUACCGUAGUCCUCUGAGAAAUAAUAUGGACUUUUAUAUGACUCCAUUAUAAAGUCAUAUGAUAUACGGUAUACGUCAUCAGUGCAUCACCACAACCAUCCAUUUUCACUAUACGAUCAUCUAUUGUAAUCUCACUAUAAUAAAUAGCUUUUAUAAGGCCAUAGACGAAGAAUACUCUAUUGGAGUCAUAUUGGGCUUCCUAGAUUUUUGUAGUAAACUCACGCUAGAAGUUGCCAUGGACGCCUUAUCAAUUGGUGCAUGGCAUAUGCCAAGAGCUUUUAGGUUUCGUAUUCCUUCCUUUAUCAUCAAAUGCAUUGUGAUCAAUUGAUCAUCAUCAUCAUCAUCCAAUCUAGAGCCUCCCAAUAACUUUUAUUACUUCGACUGAAAAAAGAGGGAGAACACUUAUGAAGUUGAUUUCGACUUGAAUAAUAAUGGAAAGAAUGGC